GAUGGCGGACGACCAAUGGCGGCGCGCGGGGCGGGGCGGGGCGGUGGGGCUGCGCGGCGCCUUGCGGGAAGCGGCGGGGCGGCGGCGGCGCUGAGGCGAGCAGAGAAGAGGCCUGGCGGGGGUGGUGGAGCAGGUGCGGGCUGGGCGGCCUCGCCGUCCCCCGGCCCCGCUCACCCGCGCCGGCGCCCACAGGUCGGCCGGAGGCCUCCUCCCCGGGCUUCGCGGCUCCGUGGGAAUGCGGGCGAGGCCCGUGCGCGCGUGAGCGACGAUGGGGACGCAGGGCAGCCCGGUCAAGAGCUACGACUACCUGCUCAAGUUCCUGCUGGUGGGCGACAGCGACGUGGGCAAGGGCGAGAUCCUGGAGAGCCUGCAGGACGGCGCGGCCGAAUCCCCGUACGCCUACAGCAACGGGAUCGACUACAAGACAACCACCAUCCUGCUGGACGGCCGGCGGGUCAAGCUGGAGCUCUGGGACACCUCGGGCCAGGGCCGGUUCUGCACCAUCUUCAGGUCCUACUCGCGGGGUGCACAGGGCUCCGGCAGGCGGCCAGCGGGAGCAUUCCCAGCACUGCUGCCUCACCCUGCUCGCCGCUGGGAGCUCAGGGAAUCCUGCUGGUGUAUGACAUCACCAACCGCUGGUCCUUUGACGGCAUUGACAGGUGGAUCAAAGAGAUCGACGAGCACGCACCCGGAGUCCCCCGGAUCCUGGUGGGGAACCGGCUGCACCUAGCCUUCAAGCGGCAAGUUCCAACAGAGCAGGCGCGCGCCUACGCGGAGAAGAACUGCAUGACCUUCUUCGAGGUCAGCCCGCUGUGCAACUUCAACGUCAUCGAGUCCUUCACUGAGCUGUCCCGCAUCGUGCUCAUGCGGCAUGGCAUGGAGAAGAUCUGGAGGCCCAACAGAGUGUUCAGUCUGCAGGACCUCUGCUGCCGGGCCAUCGUUUCUUGCACCCCCGUGCACCUCAUCGACAAGCUCCCUCUGCCCGUCACCAUCAAGAGCCACCUCAAGUCCUUCUCGAUGGCCAAUGGCAUGAACGCCGUCAUGAUGCACGGGCGCUCCUACUCGCUGGCCAGUGGGGCCGGGGGCGGCGGCAGCAAGGGCAACAGCCUCAAACGGUCCAAGUCCAUCCGGCCGCCCCAGAGCCCCCCCCAGAACUGCUCGCGCAGCAACUGCAAGAUCUCCUAGCCGCGGGAGGGUCAGCCUGGGAAUGCUCCUGGCGGGCUCUGGGCCCCGUGCUGUGUGCUGGGGACUUUGGCUACACAGCCCCUCCUGGGAGGCAUGGGGAACGCACCUGGUAGGCUGGUGGUCUCGGCCAGACCAGCUGCACAGGACAGCGGGGACCAUGCUGUGCGGAUGCUGGCGGAACAUGCCGGGACCCCGAGGAGCGGCUGAGAAGGGCCCUGAGGAGGCUGUGCCUGGAGAUGGCCUGAGGACUGGGGCCAGGCCCCCUUUCUUAUUUAUGUAAAGGAUGGUUCACCUGUUUUGUACAUUUUUAAAGGACCAGCAGGGAAGCCUCUGUGCAGCCACGCAGUGAGCGCACAGCUGCUGAGGGGAUGAGCCCGGGGACACUGGGGGAGGGCGGUGAGGCUGAGGCCGGAAGAGAGCCACCAUCCAGGCCUGAAUCUGAACUCACAGUGCACUUCACACGGGGUAUGGCCAUGGGGGCCAGCGGGGGUCACGGGGACCCCCAGCUGCACUGUCGGCCUCUGAGCAUGGUGGUCGGUGUGCCUGCCCCAGGAUGCUGGGCUACAGCUUCCAGGGCUCCCACCAGCCCUCCUGGAGGACAGUCCUGACCUGUGGGAUCAGGGCCAGGGGUGACUCAGAGGUCUCAGGUUUCUUGGAAAAGGAAGUGGGCAUACCCCCGUGUCCCUCCCCCGCGCCCUCUCCCUAUUCAGGGGCUGGUAGCCUUGUGUGAUUCUGCACCUUCAGUUCCGUUUGUACCUGUUGCCACAUGAAGUUGGCUUGGCCUCUCUCUGAAUUGAGGACACAGAGCUGUUUGUAGGCAAGCAGUGCUUGCUGGGCCAUGAGGCCAGGGUAGGUCUGGGCUGAGCCAAUCCCACUUGCCCCGGAGUUUCUAGACCCUACUCUGGCCAGCUUCAGUUUCCUGACCUUGGGUGGGGUCCCAUAGCUGCUCCUCACCCAGACUCACCUCUCUGUGAGGUCACACGUCACAAGAACCUUCCUCGCCCGUUUUUUCGUCGUGGACACUGAGCCCCUCCUCGAGGACCCACCAGCCAGCCUGAGCUGGAAGCUUAGCUUCCUUCCGUCCACCUGGCUGGUGACGUGACCACAGGUCACACUGGUGCUCAACUCUACCUCCUGCCUGUGGGCCCCUCCCUGGCCUGUGACCCCUUGAUCAGGACUUCUGUGGUGGGUGCCCCGGGGGCUGCUGUCCUGAGAGGUGAGGUGGGGGGGGCCGCAGCAUCUGUGGACAGGUGCCCGGCUGCCAGCAGGGCCUGAGGAGGAGGCCCACCCUUCCCGUCUGCCAGUGGGCGCCCCUUUGGACUGUUUGGAGGGAACAGACGGCCCUGCGUUCACCGUGUCAACACUACCCCUGCCACUGUCCACACUUGCUGGAUGGUCCUGCGUUCACCGUAUCAACACUACCCUUCGCUGCUGUCCACACCUGCACCAUUCCUGGGCUUGUCUUGGGACGGUUUUCAUUUCUUUGUUCAGUAAACAUAAUUCAGCUCUG